UCUCCCUCGUGCCGUCUCAUCGCCGGCGAUGGCGUCCCAGCCACCACCUCCAUCCCAAGAGAUCGAUCUGGGGGCCUUCCUCCCGUUGUCUCCAGCCUCCUCAUUUGCCGCCGAGGCCGACGCUGAUCACCGCCGUGCCGUCGACGAUCUGCUCCUCCUCCUCUCGUCCGAAGAUGACGACGACGACGACGAGACAACCGGUACACCCAGCACCGACCACAAAGCCCUGACCCCUAGCAAAGCCCCACCGCCGCCCCGUGAGCUCGAUCCGGAGGCCUUCCUCCAGCCGUCUCCCGGCUCCUCCUCAGGUUCCGACGCGGACGCCGAUCACCGCCGGGCCGUCGACGACCUGCUCCUCCAACUCUCCUCGUCACACACCGACGACGGCGAGCUGCAGGAUCCCUUGUUCGACAUGGCUGAUGCCUGUACCAUCCUCACCAGCACCGUGCGCUCUGUGCAGCUGUUCAAGAUUGAAGGUUUGAAAGCGUUGUGCUCGCAGCCCGGUCUGGAUAAGCAGUGCGUCAAAUCAAAGUGUGAGGUCGGUGGGUAUGAGUGGGAAAUCCUUUGCUAUGUACCCACUUAUUCCACCUCUUGGCUAGACUUCUGCCUUAUGUUAUUGAGUGAAGCCCCCCGGUCUGGCUCUGUGACAGCAAGCAUAAGCUGUCAACUGGUACAUCCGAGGGUGCCGGGCAAUCCACCAGACCCUGUUCUGCACAGAGCACCACAUUCUGAGGUGACUAUCUCACAUGUGUUCAAGCGCCACAAAGAUUGCUCACAUCGGGCAAUGAUCGUGCAAAAGAAAUCUCUACCGGAGCCGGCAUGUCCUGAUGAUGAUUACUUGAGUGUGGAGUGCAUCAUCACUAUUCUGAAGGAAAAUCCUGAUGUGGCAACCGCACUUCGGGUGCCGGCCUCCAACUUGCAGCAGCACCUUGGUGAGCUCCUGCAGAGCAAGACGGGAUCCGAUGUUACGUUCCUCGUCUCGGGUGAGUCCUUUCUUGCACACAAGAAUAUCCUUGCUGCGAGGUCACCUGUCCUCAUGGCUGAGUUCUUCGGGAGCAUGAGGGAGAGCAGCGCUCAACAAGUCGUGAUCGAUGACAUGGAGGCGGAAGCAUUCAAGGCCAUGCUGCACUUCAUCUACACCGACAAAGUUCCUGAAUUUGAUUGGGAGCAGGAGGCUGCAGUUACAAUGGCUCAACAUCUGCUUGCGGCGGCUGACAGGUAUGGGCUGGGCAAGCUCAAGGUUAUGUGCGAGGACAAACUUUCAGGUGACCUUACUAUAGAUACAGCGGGUACUACUUUGGCAUUAGCUGAGCAGCACAACUGCUCUGACCUCAAGGCUAGUUGCAUCGAGUUCAUCCUCAGCAGCCCUACGAUACUUGAAGCGGUGGUGGCGACGGAGGGGUAUAAGAAUCUGGAGGCAAGCUGUCCUGCUAUUAUUAGCUUCAUUGUGCGUGGGAGAAGCAACUGAAGCAUAGAUAAAGUUACAGCUGAGCCUUUUAGUUUCAGUACUUCUUCACCUUCAAUGUGUUGUUUAGUAGUAGAACUUAAUUAUGCAUGUCUUUCGCCAAAUGAUGGCAUUUGUUAGUUCUAUCCAUGUUUUGAGCAACCAGUGUGUGCUUCCAUUUUCCCGUAAAAUUAGUGGAAUUAAUUUCGAGCCAAAUGGUUCAAGAUGUGGCAAAUCAUCUCUUUUCUGCUCAUUUG